AUUUGUUAAGUUCAUCGUCUCCUCUUAUAUUUCAUCAGAAAACCUAUUUUUCUUCUCUCUCCGAUUCUGUUUUUCGAUUGGAUUAAAUAGAAAUCACUAUUUGAUAUUGCGACAAAUAUAUACGUGUAUCGCAAUCCUUUUUUGCGGUUGUAUCGAUCUGAAUUUCAAUCUGGGGACCCUAGGUUUUCCUCUGGGUUUCUAGGGUUUUUUUGUAGGCGGAGAGGCUUGAAGUUCGAUCUCAGAUGCUUGUGUGGUAGUAGAUUUCUUGUCUGGUCUGUGUUUUCGAUGGAAAAUGGUACGGAAUCAGAUGAGCUUUUGGUUUCUUCUAUUCGCAAGGGAAAUAAACGGGAAUUUGCCUUUGUGAUGAAGCAACAAAUGGAAUAUGCUGGGCUAUUGGGUCGGAAACGAGUCACGAGGUCUCAGAAUGGGGUAUUCAGCAAUGGAGUUUCGAAGAAUUCGAGUCCUAAGAGGGUUAAGAGUUGUAAGGGGAAUAAGGUGAGUAAGAUGGAAGCCGAAAUACCCUCGGUGGAAAAUGAGCAAAUGGUUGAUGUGGAAAAUUUCGUGAAUGAUGAGGCGGUGAUGAGAGAGAAGGGCGGUAAGGUGGACCUUGUGACUGGAGAGGAUAGGGAGAAGGUGGAUUUGGCGAGCGAAGAGGAGGAGCCCCAGAGCGAUGUGGUGGAUCUUAAUAGUGAUGAUGAGAGGAAGUGUACUUUGGUGGAAUCAGCAAUCAGAGAGGAAGAACCUAUCGAUGUGGUGGAGAAACCGGUGUGCGAAGAAGAAACCAAGAGCAACAAGGGUUUGAAAAAUGAGAAUGGGGAGACACAGAUUAAUCUUGGUGAAUCGCUGAGCGAUGAGGAUGAACUGAAGGAUGCUGUGGUGGAACCCAUGAGUGAAGACUUGCAAUUGACAGAGGAUCAAGUUAAACAGAGCAAUGCAGAGGAAGUUCCAAUCUAUGAUAAUUUAAAAAUCGUUCACGUUGAUACACCUUCCAAAGAAUUUGGAAUUCUUAGUGGUCAAGGAAUUGAAGAGAGUGCUUUGGUUGAGAAACACAUGAGGCGGAUUACUCGUUCAGCUUUGAAAUCGAAGGGAGAGGUUUCUGAGGCACUGGGGUCAAAUGAGGUGAAGACUGAGGAAGUGGCAGAGAGUGAUGUGACGAGCUCAGUGGUUAAUCCGGCAAAGAAGUUGGAAAUGAAGAUGUCAAAGAAGGUUGAGUUGACGAGGGUUCCAACAAGGUUAAAGGAGCUGCUUGAAACUGGUUUUCUCGAGGGUUUAGCUGUGCGGUACAUUCGUGGCUCGAAGGUGAGGGGGCCUUCAGACAUUGGACUUCAAGGAAUCAUCAAAGGCUCUGGGAUACUAUGCUUUUGUGAUACGUGCAAUGGAACAGAAGUCGUGACCCCGAAUCUAUUUGAGUUGCAUGCGGGUAGUGGAAAUAAACGUCCACCUGAGUAUAUCUAUCUGGAGAAUGGGAACACCCUUCGAGAUGUGUUAAACUCGUGCAAAAAUGCUAGCCCAGAUGCUCUGGGAGUAGCUAUCCAAAUGGCAAUUGGUUGUUUAUCUGGAGAAACCCCUACUUUUUGUCUGAAUUGCAAAGGGUCUAUACCUGAAGCUGGUGUUGGUAAAACAAUGUUACUAUGUGACUCAUGUCUUGUCCUAAAAGAGUCUCGACCUUGCUCUACUCAAAUGUGUGAUGACAGUGAUAGGUCUCCAAUAGCUGCUUCAAUUACAAAGUCAUCUGCACAAGUGUCCCAGUGUGGGUCAUCCCGAAGUAAGGGCAAGGGAAGGUUAACUCGAAAGGAUCUGCGAAUGCAUAAGUUGGUGUUUGAGGAAAGAGGGCUGCCUGAGGGAACUGCAGUAGCUUAUUAUGCGCGUGGACAGAAAUUACUUGAGGGCUAUAAGAAAGGUUUUGGAAUCUUCUGCUUUUGCUGCAACAGUGAGGUCAGCCCUUCGCAAUUUGAAGCUCAUGCUGGUUGGGCUUCCCGGCGCAAACCUUUUCACAACAUAUACACUUCCAAUGGGGUGUCUCUCCAUGAGUAUUCAGUCAGUCUUUCAAAAGAACGGAAGUUUUCUGCAGAUGAAAAUGAUGAUCUCUGCUCCAUAUGCGCAGAUGGAGGGGACCUUCUGUGUUGCGAUACUUGCCCAAGAGCUUUUCAUGCAGUGUGUGUGUCUCUGCCAACCAUCCCCCAGGGCAAGUGGUACUGUAGAUACUGCCUGAAUAUGUUCCAAAAAGAAAAAUCUGUGGAGCGUAAUGCCAAUGCUGUUGCUGCCGGAAGGGUUGCAGGAAUUGAUGCACUUGAACAGUUAACUAAGCGGUGCAUUCGCAUCGUCGAAACUUUUGAGGCUGAAGUUGGCGGAUGCAUGCUGUGCAGGGGACAUGAUUUCAGCAAAUCAGGAUUUGGCCCCCGCACAGUCAUUCUUUGUGAUCAGUGCGAGAAGGAAUUUCAUGUUGGCUGUUUGAAGGAGCAUAAAAUGGACGAUCUGAAAGAAUUGCCAAAGGGAAAAUGGUUCUGUUCCACUGACUGUAAUAAGAUUCAUUCUGCUUUGCAAAAACUGCUAGCUGAUGGAGAAGAAAAGCUUCCGGACUCCUUGAUGGAUGUUAUAAAGAAGAAACACGAGGAAAAAGGUUUAGUUGGUGGUAUUGGUCUUGAUAUACGAUGGAGACUUCUUUGUGGGAAAAUGGCUUCUGAUGAAACUAGGCGGUUGCUUUCCAAGGCUGUUUCUAUCUUCCAUGAUCGAUUUGAUCCAAUUGCUGAUUCAACCACCAGCCGUCAUGAUCUUAUUCCAAACAUGGUCUAUGGAAGGAACUUGAGGGACCAAGAAUUUGGAGGGAUGUAUUGUGCAAUAUUAACUGUAAACUCAGCGGUUGUGUCAGCUGGGAUUAUUCGAAUAUUCGGAAGUGAGGUAGCAGAACUUCCGUUAGUUGCAACAAAUAGCGAGUGUCAAGGACAGGGCUAUUUCCAGUCAUUAUUCUUUUGUAUUGAAAACCUUUUGGAAUCUCUGAAUGUGAAAAGCCUUGUGCUUCCGGCUGCUGAUGAAGCAGAAUGUAUAUGGACAAAGAAGUUUGGAUUCGAGAAGCUUACUGAAGACCAGCUGAAGCAAUAUAGGAGAGAUCAUCAGAUUAUGGUUUUUCAAGGGACAUCAAUGCUGCAUAAGUCAGUCUCUAGGUCCUGA